AUGACUCCGCCGAGCAGACAAAGAAACCCAGCUCUAGCUGGUAGGCCUGGUCGCUUGAAACUCAGUGUGGAGGAAGCCAUCAGACAAGCUUCCCCUCGCUCACGGUCGCCCUCUACACUCAGUCCUAUCUCCAAGGAUCGAUCGAGGCGUCGAAGUAGUUCGUCUACUACUUCUCACACUGUUGAGUCAUUCCGACGACGGGCCAAAAGUGACAGGUACUUUGAUCCUCUGGGCUUUCAAACCCAGACGAAUCAACCCGAAACUUGCAUUACAUUUCCACCUCUCGGCUCCCAGGACUCUUCGCCAUUCCCUCGAUUAUCCGUGGAUGAGUCCGCCGUUUUCACGGACGAGGAGCCUCCAAGCCAAGGCCAGUCUCCUAUUUCUCCGCUAUCAGGGCCCAACUGGCAGGCGCCAGCACAGCCUCUAAGAACUCAGUCAGCACGAGUCAAACAUGAACAGAUGAUCCGAGUUACUCUCAAAACCCAGACCACUGAAGUACCAUGUAUUGCCAAGUGCUAUCUCACUCGGGAUUCGAGUGUCGUCGAUAAUGACUUUGCUCGAAACUGGGGCGCCAAGAUACAUCCAGUGCCCAAGCCUCGCUGGAAAGACGCCCGACACUGGUGCGAAUUGGAUGUAAUCGAUGUGGAAACAAUUGGUAGUGUUCAAAAGCAACUGUCAAUUCGGCUUGGCAAGCUUCCAGACCAACGGGUCAGUGUUGAGCUCGGCAUUGAUGCACUCAAGGCUCUACAUCUAGUUGAUGAGACUGUACAGUUGUCUCGAUCUGCACCUCCUAGCCAAUAUCUACCAUGGACUGGCAUCAGCCCUCCUUAUAUGCAACAGCCACAAGAUAUCCUCGGACAGUAUGUGCUUACACCACCUGCGCCACAACAAUAUACCACUGGCCGUAAUCGGGCCCUGACGGUACCGUCGAUACCUUCUAUCAGGAUAGAUACAUCAUUCGACACUUCACUUUCGGUACCAAAAUCCGUGGGCGACUCAGGUUCUGGCGAAGACUCAAGUUCACCUUGGGAUUGGGACGCUCUGUCGAUAGCAUCUCAAUCAUAUCAAGAAGAGGACCCAUGCGCGGCCUGGAGUCCGGCUGUUUCGGACUGCGGUGGCCUUUCCUCUUCUUUUGAUACUUCAAAAAUGGGUGUCACCGACAGAAUCAUCCAGAUCGGAGGCCAGAUCUCUGGCAACCCGACCGCUGGCGGUCGUGAGAAGAUCCUCCAGAAGAACCCUGACGAUAUCGUUGUCACCGCUGCCUGCCGAAGCGCAUUCACCAAGGGAGGCCGCGGCGGUUUCAAGGAUACCCCCGCUGCUGAUCUUAUGGCAGGUGUUCUCAAGGCCAUCCUCGACCGCUCAAAGAUCAACCCUGCCCUCGUCGAGGACCUAUGUGUUGGAACCGUGCUCGCCCCCGGUGGUGGCGCGACCGAGAUGCGCGCUGCCAGCUUGGUCGCCGGUUUCCCUGAAUCUAUCGCCGUUCGAACUCUCAACCGACAGUGCUCUUCUGGUCUCCAGGCUACCGUCGAUGUCGCCAACCAGAUCAAGACUGGCAUGAUCGAUAUUGGUAUUGGUGCUGGUGUUGAGAGCAUGUCCCUGAACUAUGGCCCUGGCGCUGUCUCCGAAUUCUCGGAAGCCUUUGAGAACCACCCCGAGGCUGCCAACUGCAAGGUGCCCAUGGGUGUCCUCUCUGAGCAGAUGGCCAAGGACCUCAACGUCACCCGAGCUGCACAGGACGCCUUUGCUGCCUCAUCAUACCAGAAGGCUGUCAAGGCCCAAAAAGCGGGACUCUUUGACGAGGAGAUUGCUCCUCUCAAGGUCAAGUUCGAGGACAAGGACGGUAACACCAAGGAGAUUACCGUCUCCAAGGAUGAUGGUGUCCGCGAUGGUAUCACUGCUGAGUCUCUGGGCAAGAUCCGUCCUGCUUUUGCUAAGGACGGUUCUAUCCAUGCUGGUAACGCCAGUCAGAUUUCCGACGGUGCCGCCGCUGUCCUUCUCAUGAAGCGAUCUACUGCCGAGAAGCUUGGACAGAAGAUUCUCGGCAAGUACGUGUGCGCCUCGAUCGUCGGUGUCAAGCCCCUUCUUAUGGGACAGGGCCCCUGGAAGGCUAUCCCCAAGGCUCUCGACCUUGCCGGCAUCUCCAAGGAUGAUGUCGAUAUCUGGGAGAUCAACGAGGCUUUUGCCAGCCAGUGCUUGUGGUGUGCCAACGAGCUGGGUAUUCCCCAAGAGAAGAUCAACCCCAAGGGAGGUGCUAUUGCCUUUGGCCAUCCCCUAGGCUGCACUGGUGCCCGGCAGGUCUCUACUCUUCUAUAUGAGUUGAAGCGAACAGGCCAAAAGGUUGGCGCAACAUCUAUGUGUAUAGGAACUGGUAUGGGUAUGGCCGCUAUCUGGGUUGCCGAGUAG